UUACACUGGGGGGAUAGCCUAGCUCACGAGGAAUAACCAGAGGAAUAGCCCUAUUUUUACACAAUGCUAUCAAGUGGAUGGACAGUAAACAAAACCCUAUUGUUGAUGAACUGAGAAGGAUUGAGAAGAUUUACUCUAGACUGGGGCUGCAUCUUGGAUCCUUUGAGAAAUGCCGGGGCUAACGAGGAACUGUGUUUUUUGGGUUGUGUCUGCCAUCCUUCUGACAGGAUACUUUGACACGGAUGCUUCACAUGGGGUUGCUAUGGAUAGAGGUUUGGUAGUGAAACACUUGAAAUCUCAAGACCCCUCUGGGAUUUCAAGACAACUGGAGUCAGAUGAAGGUCUGGAGGCCUUGACCCACAAUACAUACAAAGGAAAGGGUGCUAUUUCUAGACGAAAGCGGAAUAUUCUUUUCCCCAGUGGAGUGAAGCUUUGUUCUCAAGAGACUGUAGACCAGGCGAUAGAAAACCAUCUGAAGUACUUUCACCAGCGAGUGUGUCAGGAGACAGUGUGGGAGGCGUUCAAGAUCUUCUGGGACCGUCUACCUGAGAGAGAUGAGUACCAGGCCUGGGUUAACUUAUGUCAGGAUGGAACUGUCAGCGUGAUGGAGAUUGGCAGCAACUUCAGCCGAUCAGAGGAGCACGUCUCUCUUGUUAGGGCUAGAGUGGUGAUGACUGCUGCUCUGAAUAGCGAGCCCACAAGCUCAGGGUCCAAAGUGUGCAGUCCAACCGCAGCAACUCCACCAGAAUUGGCCACCACCCAAAAAGACAAUGAAGUCAUUGUCGUACAGCCAGACACCUUCCCAACCUUGCGAGGAGAUGUUGACGUCAUUCCUGUAAUUACUGCAGAGCCAGUUGAGGAGGUCACAGAGAUGGUCCCGCCAGAAACUACUGACUCUGUGACUGAAGAUGCUGACAUCGACGUCACCUCAGAGACCGACGAGACAAUACAGGAGAUAGGAGAGGACGCCACUACCGAAGCUGCCUUUGACGUCAACUCCGAAACAGCAGUUGAAGUCAUUGCUGAGACUAGCGAUGAGGCUGUCCAGGAGGUUAAUAUGGCUGCUGUUGAGGAAUCAUCCGAUGCUACCUCAGAUGACACUGUGGAGAUCACACCUGAACCUAUUGUCACUGUCAUCCACGAGCCCAUUAAUGAGGUAAUUGGGAAAAUGUAUGAGGAAGUAAUCUCAGAUACCACACACAAUACAGUGGAGGAGGCAGAAGAGGCCGCUGCAGAGGUCCCAUCAGAGGCUGCCGUUGAGAUCCCUGCAGAGGUCCCUUCAGAAGCUGCCAUCGAUAUGCCUGUUGGGUCCACAGACAAGGAUAUCCCAGAACCUGAAAUAAAAUUUAUUCCAGAAACUUCUUUGGAGGACAUUUCUGAAACCACUUCUGAAGCGCCUUCGGAGGCUGCCACAGAAAUCACUUCAGAUACCAUAGACAAGGAGAUCACAGAGGGUGCCACAGAAAUCACUUCAGAUACCAUAGACAAGGAGAUCACAGAGGGUGCCACAGAAAUUACUUCAGAUACCAUAGACAAGGAGAUCACAGAGGGUGCCACAGAAAUCACUUCAGAUACCAUAGACAAGGAGAUCACAGAGGGUGCCACAGAAAUCACUUCAGAUACCAUAGACAAGGAGAUCACAGAGGGUACUACAGAAAUCACUUCAGACACCAUAGACAAGGAGAUCACAGAGGGUACUACAGAAAUCACUUCAGAUACCAUAGACAAGGAGAUCACAGAGGGUACUACAGAAAUCACUUCAGAUACCAUAGACAAGGAGAUCACAGAGGGUGCCACAGAAAUUACUUCAGAUACCAUAGACAAGGAGAUCACAGAGGGUACUACAGAAAUCACUUCAGACACCAUAGACAAGGAGAUCACAGAGGGUACUACAGAAAUCACUUCAGACACCAUAGACAAGGAGAUCACAGAGGGUACUACAGAAAUCACUUCAGACACCAUAGACAAGGAGAUCACAGAGGGUACUACAGAAAUCACUUCAGAUACCAUAGACAAGGAGAUCACAGAGGGUGCCACAGAAAUCACUUCAGAUACCAUAGACAAGGAGAUCACAGAGGGUACUACAGAAAUCACUUCAGAUACCAUAGACAAGAAGAUCACAGAGGGUACUACAGAAAUCACUUCAGAUACCAUAGACAAGGAGAUCACAGAGGGUACUACAGAAAUCACUUCAGACACCAUAGACAAGGAGAUCACAGAGGGUACUACAGAAAUCACUUCAGACACCAUAGACAAGGAGAUCACAGAGGGUACUACAGAAAUCACUUCAGAUACCAUAGACAAGGAGAUCACAGAGGGUACUACAGAAAUCACUUCAGAUACCAUAGACAAGAAGAUCACAGAGGGUACUACAGAAAUCACUUCAGACACCAUAGACAAGGAGAUCACAGAGGGUGACACAGAAAUCACUUCAGAUACCAUAGACAAGGAGAUCACAGAGGGUACUACCGAAAUCACUUCAGAAACCAUGGACAAGGAGAUCACAGAGGGUGACACAGAAAUCACUUCAGACACCAUAGAUGAGAAGAUUAAAGAGGCUGCCAUAGAGAUCACUUCAGAUACCAUAGACAAGGAGAUCACAGAGGGUACUACCGAAAUCACUUCAGAAACCAUAGACAAGGAGAUCACAGAGGGUGACACAGAAAUCACUUCAGACACCAUAGAUGAGAAGAUUAAAGAGGCUGCCAUAGAGGUCACUUCAGAUACCACAGAUGAGGAGAUCACAAAGGCUGCGGUAGAAGAAAACAUCACUUUGGAGACCACUUCAGACAUUGCUACCAAAGCAACGUCAGAAGAUACUACAGAUGAGGAUAUUCCAGAGGAUGCAGCAGAAUUAACUCCAGACAUUUCUCCAGAGGACACUUCUGAGACAACAGAUGAGGAAGCUGCAGCAGAGUUGAUUCCAAAAGUUUCUCCAGAGGACACUUCAGAGCCUGAAGCUGCCAUGGAGAUCCCUUCAGAGGGUUCAGAUGGAGACGUUCAUGAGCCCCCUGUGGAGGACACCUCAGAGGAUUCAGAUGGAGACAUUCAGGAGCUCCCUGUGGAGGUCACCUCGGAGGCUACUGUAAAUGUUGCCCCAGAAGACACUGAAGAGGAGACCCCUGAGAUUUUAGAGGAAGUUAUCUCAGAUGCCACAACGCAUUUGAUUCUCGAGGGUACUGAGGAGAUCACUCCAGAGGCUGUACUAGAGGAUACUUUGGCCACUACUACUAAUGAAGUGGUAAUAGAGAUUGGUCCUGAGGAAGAAGUCACUCCAGAAACUUCCGUAAAUGCCGUUCCAGAGGAUGUAACAGGGAUCACUGAAGAAGCAACAAUAAAGGCUGAAGUCACUCCUGAGGCUGAAGUAGAGAUGAAGGAAGUUACGGUGGAGGUCACCUCAGAAGCCACUUUGGAGGUCACUCCUGAUGUUGAAGUAGAGGUAACUCCAGAAUAUGUAGUGGAGGAACCUCCAGAGGCUGAGGAGAUUACAGAAGAAACUGCAGUAGAGGACAAUCCCGAGGUGGAGAUAGAGGUAACUCCAGAGUCUACUGAAGAAGUUCCUGAGGAAGCAGAAGAGGUCCCUUUGGAGACUGCAGUGGAAGACACUCCAGAAGCUGUAGAAGAAAUCCCCCCAGAGACUGUAGAGAUAACUCUGGAAGCUGCUGAAGAAGACUCAACAGAAGCUGUAGAAGAAAUCCCCCCAGAGACUGUAGAGAUAACUCUGGAAGCUGCUGAAGAAGACUCAACAGAAGCUGUAGAAGAAAUCCCCCCAGAGACUGUAGAGAUAACGCUGGAAGCUGCUGAAGAAGACUCAACAGAAACUGUAGAAGAAACAGUUUCAGUGACUCCAGAAGAGAUAACACCAGAACCUUCAGAGGAGGAAAUUCCAGAAAAUUCUGAGGAGGAAAUUCUAGAACCAUCAGAGGAGGAAACUCCAGAGGCUUCAGAAGGGGUCCUAUCUGAGGCAGUAGUCGAGAUCACUCCAGAAGCUACAGAAGAGGCUUCCAAAAAGAUAAUUACAGAAACUACAGAAGAGGCUUCCGAAGAGAUCAUUCUAGAGCGUUCAGAAGCUGCAGCAGGGAUAACCACAGAGGCUGCAGGUGAGUCCACUCCAGAGGCGACACAGGAGGCUGCUGUGGAGAUUACUCAUGAGGUCACCACUGAAACUGGAAUUUUGACGGACACAGAGGAGAACAAUAAUGGCGAUCGUUAUAGGGAUGCAGAGGAGAACAAUAAUGGUGGUCGUUAUAGGGUCACAGAAGAACCAGAAGAAACAAAUGAUGACUUCCUGGGGAUCCAAGAUAUCAUAACAGAGGUGGAAAACACGCUGGGCAAUGAGGUCGAGGACAUCAUGACGAGGCCGUCCACACCCAUGAAGGAGCAGGUGGUAGAACUCAGAAUCCAGCUAAAGGGAGAGAACUACAACGACGCCCUGAGAGACCCCUCUAGCUUCUACUACCAACGCGUGGCCAAACAUUUCACCCAUAAGAUUGAAGAUGCAUUUGAAAGGUUACCAGGAUUCAAGAAGGUCUUUGUAGUUGAAUUCAGGCCUCAGAAGGACCUCCAAAGGGGUAUCUUGUCUGUGGUAGUCCACUACGCAGUGACUCUGGAAGUGGACGGGGCAGGCAUCAGUAACGAGACCAUGGACUACAUCAACCUCCAGUCCAACGUGGUGGAGAAGUCUUACCGUGACGCCGUUGAACGCCCCACUGUGGUCUACACCAUAACAGACUUCCGAAACUACAUCACUGAAGCCCUGCACAAGGAGAACUUCAUGAGCAACACAACUCUGGAUGUAGACCCCGACUCACUGCAGCAAGAGCAAGUUGAUAACUUGUUUCUGGGAGGGAGACCCACCACUAAACCAGAAGAGUCCAAUGACAUGAUGGACAAUGUUCUGGCUGCUGAGAAACCACCAGAUGCUCCUGGCCAAGACUUGGAUGUCAGCGACAUCUUCCUGAAGAAGGAUGAUUUCCUGUUUCCUGUGGACCCUUUGAAAGGCUCCGGGAGCGUUGUGGCCAGUGAAAAUGAUGUGUUCGUUCUGGAUGAAACCACCUUGCCACCCAGCACCACUGCUGUCCCUGCAGAGAAUAAUGGAAAUAUUGAAGAAAAGGGAUUUCUUCUCAGUAACACUCAGCAAGACUCUGAUACUCCCGAUGGGGAUGGUGUGGUCGGUGCUGGAGGCUCCUCUACCUCCUCCCCUUCACAACCACAGACCACAGAGGCCCCGGUCCCGGCACCUCCCAGAGUAAACCCAGAUUUGGAUGUUGGCUCUGGCUCCGGCUUCUCUGGGGAUGACCAAGGGGCUGACGUCGUCCCAUGGUUUCCCGUGACAACUGAGGAGACGGACUACAUAGAGGAGGGGGAGGAUUCUGUGGUGUGGGAGGUGCAGUUACCAGAAUCAGAAGUGGAACCGAAGGAGGAAGAGAAGAAGGAGGAGGAGAAGGGGGAAGAGAUCACCGAAUCUGUCCUGACUGAAUCUCCAGAGGAUAUGGGUCCUUUUGAGUCCCAUCCAGAAUCUGCCCCAGUUGAAGAAGAGCCACAAUGGCCUUUCUUGGACAGACUGCCUGUGACCCAAGACAUUAGUACCCGACCUGACUACACGACCACAGCUGAAGCCCCAGUGUUCUGGACCGCAGAGACCCUGACCGUGGAGCUCUCCAUACAAAAGCUGGAGUCCUCUGGGAUUUAUGACGAUUAUUACCCAAGCGAACCAUUCACCAUCAUAGCACCAGUCACUGAUUAUCCCUAUCCUCAGUUUUACACCACUGAGGCCCUGGUGUUGGAAGGGCCAGCAGCUGAGACCCAUGGUUCUGUUGAGGAGCUGUCGGAGCCAACCAGUCCAAUAGAGGUUGAACUCCCCACAGUUACUGAGUCACCUACCUUCAUAGACAUGGAGCUGUUCACAGUCAAGGAGUCCAUCUUCGAUAUGAUCACCUCCGAACCACCAGAGAUCGAAGCCUUCACCGACAGACCUUUACUCUUGGUGCCCGAUCCUGAGGAUGAAGAUGGAGAGGUGGAGAUCUUGGAGGAACAGGGGGCGGAGGUCGCAGGGCCCUUGGCCACAGUACUCCCAGCCCUUGACAUCUCAGAGGAGGACCUAGCUGAAGAUCAAAUCUUUGUUGUGGCUGCAGGUACAGCAGCCCCGGAAGUCAUAGAGUCUCAUAGCAUCUUAUCCCCCGAGAAGGAAUCUCCCUUCUCUCGUAUAUCUGACUCUGUACCAGAAGAGGAGGAAGCCACACACCAUCCAGCCACCACAGAAAUAGCACCACAUGGUGACAUUGAAAUCUCUGAGACACCUGAAAUUGCCCCAACAAUCCUACCUCCAUUCUUCCAGCCCACAUUCAGACCCACAGAAAACCUGCUUGAGGCAGCAGAAGAGUCAGAUGUUAGCAUUGAAGAAGGAGAUGUUAGCAUGGCGCUAGCACCCCCUUCCCCAGCUCACGACACAUACGAACUAGAAGUCGGCACUUCAAUCCAAGUGGUUGGAGACCCCGCACCAGACUCCCCCAUGUCAGAAAUUGACCUCACCUUCAACGUGUAUGACGGAAUGAGUCACAUGGACGGGGACAGCAGCGGGUACUCCAGCAUCGCCCACGGAUCAGACGUGGGCAGCAUCGCCAUGGCGAAGAGCCCUGGCAAGGAUCUGAUGGUGUUCUUCAGCCUGAGGGUGACCAACAUGAUGUUCUCUGAGGAUCUCUUCAACAAGAGUUCCACAGAGUACAAAGCCCUGGAGCAGAGGUUCCUCGAACUGCUCGUCCCUUACCUGCAGUCCAACCUCAGCAACUUCCAGAACCUGGAGAUCCUGAAUUUCCGUAACGGCAGCAUCGUGGUGAACAGCAGGAUGAAGUUCGGGAAGCCCGUCUCUCGGGGUGUCACCAACACUGUCUACCUUAUCCUAGAGGACUUCGCUAACUCAGCCUUCCAAACCAUGAACCUCUCCAUAGACAAAUACUCACUGGAUGUGGAAUCAGGCAACCAGGCAAACCCCUGCAAGUUCCAAGCGUGUAAUGAGUAUUCGAUGUGCACGGUGAACCGCUGGUCCGGGGAGGCGGAGUGUGUGUGUGACGCGGGUUACUUCAGCGUGGACGGACUGCCGUGCCAGAGUAUCUGUGACCUGCAGGAGGACUUCUGUCUCAACGAUGGGAAGUGUGAUGUCAUCCCCGGCAAGGGAGCCAUCUGCAGAUGUCGUGUAGGAGAGAAUUGGUGGUACCGUGGGGAACACUGUGAGGAGUAUGUGUCAGAACCUCUGGUGGUGGGCAUCGCCAUAGCGUCGGUGGCUGGCUUCCUAUUGGUGGCCUCUGGGGCAAUCUUCUUCCUGGCCAGAACUCUGAGGGACGGUUAUGACAAGGAGGAUUCAGAGGAUCCUCUACGAGAUCGGGACAGUGUGCCAUCCUUAGAGAGAGCCACCAAGUUCAACCCCAUGUAUGAGAGUGAUGUGGCCACGGCAGAGUACUACAGACGGUACGAAGACGACGUGCCGCACCACAGUACGGGCAGCGCAGACCCCUCUGUGGACCUCUGCAGUGACGAGAUACUCCAAAUCUACGACAACUCCGAGCUCACCAGAGAGCAAAUUCAGGACCGCCUAAGGAUAAUUGAGUUGUGUGCCAAAGACCGUCAGUUUGCAGACUUUGUACGGCAGCAUCAAGUAGCGCUGGACAGAAGAGCGAGCUCUGAAACAUAGGAAUGCUGGGGAGCCAGCUGAUCACUGUGAACCUCAAGAAACAUGCCUUUGUCUUUGACUUGAGAAAGAGGAAAGUGUCUUCUGUUGCCAUGGUGCUUCUGAUGGACUCUGCAGGAUGACCAGAUGAAGAGGAUGUAUAUUUAAAGAACAUCUUCUCUAUGAGGCGUGAUGUGUUGUGCUGUUGCAACGUGUCACUGACUCUGUUUCUAUGAUAUUUUUCUAAAGGGGGAGUGCACUGUAAAUACUUUGAUUUUUGUUGUUUCAGUUUUUUCUUCAGUUAUCACAGCCAUCACCUUAUCCUAUGAGCUAGCCUCCUGCUCAGCUAGCCAUCAAACAUCUAGAUACAGUUACUGUCAAAAAGGUUCGCUGCAUUUGCACCUCUUACUUGCACAAAUCUGUGAACAAACAACAAACAGACUUCAAUUGUUGUGUCCUUAGUUAGUUUGGACGUGUGGGUCCCUUCCUGCUCUGUUCUCCCUAAUCAUGGUCUUCUUCAGUGCCUUCACUUGGUUUCAGUUAGCAUUGUGGGGUGUUGUGUCCUGAAACGUAAAGCGGCUGCUGGCAGGACCCUUGAAGUUCACUGGAUGUCACUGGAAGGCUACUGUCCUGCAUGGAAACUAACUACUGGUUUAAUCAAUUUUGUUUCCACAUAAUUUCAACCCUCAAAUUCAAUGUGAUGAAGUUGAACUGUUUGGAGUAGAAAAGAGAAAUCAGAUUUUGUUCACCUAACUUUUAACAUAAAUCCAAUCGACUUGGUGACAUUUUUUGUUGAUUCCACAUUGAAUUCACGUUAGUUGACAACUCAACCAAAUGUAAAUCAAAACUAUAUGUAGAACUGACAUCUGUGCCCAGUGGGUACUGACUGGAUGGCACAGGCUAACGCUAUAUAGCCUCCACUGAAAUGAUCAAAUAUCCUGGUUGCUGUACUUACUUGAACAUGAUUUUGGCAAAAAGUUGUAGAUAAUCAAUUGUGUAGACAUAAAUUCAUUGUGUAUUUAACUGUUGGAAUGAAUAUAGAUUGAUACUCUGGAAUUGUGAUUGUUAGUAACCCCUUUUGGCCAUAGCCAAUAGCCCAUGAAAACAUGUUUCUCUGAGUUUUCUCAUUUCUCAAAUCUGACAUCUGCUGCUUUGGGUUAGUCCACGUAUCCAUGACGAUCCCAAGCAACCAUGACGAUCCCAAGCCUUUGUAUAUAUCAGGAGUCGACUGUAUUCAUCCACAUGUUUUGAUGAACCAAAUGUCCUCGACCCAUUGAAAAAGGGGUUAAAUGUGUACGUUGUCUCUGUUGAUGUGUUUUCUAUGUUUUCUCAUAGUUCAGAGACUAACAAGACAAUGGUGUUAUGAUCUGUGUUCUGUAUGUUAGACUUACUGGUUGAAAGCCAACAGACACUUUUUGUAAUAAAAUGGCAAUAUUUUUUACAAUA